AUGUCUGACAUUCGGGAGCCGGUUGUGCGUGUGUUCAGUGCCGUGACGGGGGAGACCCUCUCAGUCUUGGGCACUGUGUUUCUCCUGAGUACGUCUGUGGCCAGGCUCAUGACCCUGGUGUCCCAGCAGUGUGGGCUUCCCGUCAGCUCCUUCAGACUGAGCUCUCCCACCGGCCUGCAACUCUACGACUGCAACCGGCUGCACGACUACGCCAUUGACCUGGGGGCUACUCUACGGUUGGACACCUGGGAUGGGUGGGCGGAGUUCCUCAGAGGCUGCUUCCUGGGACACAGACUGACCGUCCAACGACACCUGUCUAGAGAGAGACCUGUGAUGAGGUUCCAGCUCCGGGUGGCACUCUACAUCGCUGCUUCUCUGGGCCACCUGGACCUGGCCGGCUGGCUGCUGGAGAGGGGGGUGCGUCAUUGAGCCGGUGGGGUUCACCCUUACCGUGAGUGGUGCCACCAGACGGCCCACCCCGACGUCGCCAAGUGUCCCGCUGUCGCCUCCAUCGAGCGCGGCCAGCUCACCAUCCUCAAACUCUUUAUCGCCAGCAGCGUUCUGACCCUUGCCUGUCGGGAUCCCCAGGGUCGUGACCCCCUGAGGAUCGCCCUCCAGUACGGCCACAGGGAGUGUGUGAGUCACCUGGCCACCAAGCUGUGCUCUGUGGUGGUCCUCCCAGGUAUGGCCCUGCCCAUGCGGACAUACCUCCAGAUAAAGGGCUGGGUGAGGCUGGGGCAGAGGAGGGCAGCAUCCAGGCACUGCAUGGGCCUCAACAGGGCUCCGUUCAGGACCAGGGUGGGCGACACGGUCCUGGUGGACGGCUUCACCCUCCCCAAGAUGUCCUCCAAGCCCAGGAGGAGUGAGGCCAAGGCGGGUAUCAGGGUGAUGUCCACAGCCUCUCGACGUUUGACCCCCAUCAACUGCCCAUCUCAUGUAUCCUGCCCACUCCGCGCCCUGGCAUCCCAGGAUAAACCUCUACGACUACCGAAACUACACCCUGUGGCCACGAGGGAUGAAAGAGAGAAGAAGAGGGGAUGUGGAGGGAAGGGAUGUGAGGAGGAUGAGAGUGGGGAUCAGAACAGCAACCAAUGGAGGAGCAGAGUCCCGCUCCCGCCCAUUUCCAGAGACACCAAUCUCAGACCUGUGUUUGCCUCGCCAAACUCCGCCCAGAUACUCACCACCUCACUGGAGGCCUUUUCUCUCCACUGCGACCGCACACCCAGAGAAAACGCCAUAAACUGUUUGACCUUGGCCAGUGCCUUCACACAGAGACCAUGGUUGCAGCAGCUGAAUGUAGCGCGGACUCUGGCCAGGAGGAGUGCUCAGCAUUUUGGGUAGACACCAGGAUCCUGGUCAUUAGACUGCUGAACAGCUUCUACCCCCAAGCCAUUAGACUGCUGAACAGCUUCUACCCCAAGCCAUUAGACUGCUGAACAGCUUCUACCCCCAAGUCAUUAGACUGCUGAACAGCUUCUACCCCCAAGUCAUUAGACUGCUGAACAGCUUCUACCCCCAAGCCAUUAGACUGCUGAACAGCUUCUACCCCCAAGUCAUUAGACUGCUGAACAGCUUCUACCCCCAAGUCAUUAGACUGCUGAACAGCUUCUACCCCCAAGUCAUUAGACUGCUGAACAGCUUCUACCCCCAAGUCAUUAGACUGCUGAACAGCUUCUACCCCCAAGACUGAUGAACGUUAAUUAAAUGGCCACCUGCACUAUUUGCAUUGACCCCCUUUGUUAUUGAUGUAUUUUUCUAAUUGUUUUCGACUGACUCUCUUGAAUUGGCUCGAUGCACACUCACUACACUCUACCCACACAUUCACUGUGACACUGACCGACUUUCACACCAGCUGCUGCUACUGUGUUUAUUAUCUAUACUGAUUGCCUAGUCACUUUUACCCUUACCUACAUGUACAUACUGUAUUACCUCGACUGCCUCGCACCCAUGCACAUUGACUCGGUACUGGUACUCCUUGUAUAUAGCCUUGUUAUUGUGUUACUAUUUAAAAAAUAUGUUCUUACUUUUUAACUCUGCAUUGUUGGGAAUGUGCUCGUAAUAAAGCCUCUCACAGUUGUUUUCGGCGUAUGUGACCAAUACGAUUAGAUUUUCAUCUGAACAAAUGAAUGCUCUUGUUGUUAUAAUGAGGAAUUUAUUUAAAUAAUUUGGUUUUCCUUGAAGAUUUGAAUGGGCUGGGAAAGCCUUUCGUGAUGGAUCUAGACAAUCUGGUGAAAAGGGAGGGUUUGCGACUCUUCUCUUCAAGUGGGAAGGACGAUGCGAUAUCAUAAAUUCCCUCUGGAGAAAAGGAGCCAUGAGAUGUUGUCAUCGUCUCUGCAACGAAAGACCAUCCAGCAUGCCAUCAAUUUACAUUUUUACUCAUUUAUCAGACAUUGUUAUCCAGAGAGACUUACAGGAGCAAUUAGGAUUAAGUGCCUAGCUCAAGAGCACAUUGACAGAUUUUGCCUCGUGAACUCAGGGAUUCUGAACCAGCAACUUAUCGGUUACUGGCCCAACCUCUUAACCCACUAGGCUACCACCCAGCCCACAGUACAGUAUGUCAUAGGUAACAACUCAGAGGAGUACAAUGUCUAUUCAAAUGAAUUAGUGGAAUGGUAAAGGGAUAAUGUCUCAGUCUUGACUGAGCAGCAGCCUAAACAGCAGCAGGGCUUACCUGUAAAGUACACAGUAGGGGAAAUGUUCUGAGGCUGGUACUCCAGAGACUCUUGAGGACAGAGGUCAUUUCUAACUUCCGUGGAACCCUGGUUGGUGGGAAAAGGCACAUUAAAACAAACUGAAAAAUGUUCGAUAUCUUAAAGUACAGUAUAACAAUUGCAAAGAAGCAGUGCAAUGCCAUGACACAAAUAAUCAUAUAUUUCAUAAAAGGUCAACAGCAGUGUUAUUCAUGAAAGAUGUAUGUGUACUAUACCUUUGUGUUAAAGGUGAGGACCUGCUCUCCAGUACCGCUGAUGGUAUCCCUUUCCAAAUCAAACACGCCUUUUACAAUGUCACUGGUGGCCACGCUGGUAGCGGACUCAAAAUAACAUUUAGCAGUGGCUUUGGUGAUCAUUUGAAGAAUGACCAUGCAAGUAGAAGUCUUUGGAUCGUUCUGGACUGAAACAUCAAAGUUUAUAUUUUCAUACUCAUCUGACCACUGUCUCAGGAAGCCCUUCACUGUCUCUUCAGCAAAUAUCUGGAGAAGCUGAGAGGGGAGCUCCUUGGAUAUGGCGCAUUGUUCCUUUCCCCAUUUCAGCCUUGAAAGAAUGGAGUCUGAAGCACUUUUGGCUGCUUCCAAUGUUAAGACCUGUGGAGUGCUGUGGCUGUCCUGAAGGGCUAUAACUUUAUCCACCAAUUCAUGGCUGAAAAUGUGGAUUGUCCAAGUGGAAAUUAUUUUUCUCAAUUUCCUAACAGCAGAUCGGAGGUCGUCAAGAUGAGAAGCACCCUGUCCAUCUUCCUGUGUGUUCUCAACACUUUCCACCAUAAUGUCCACUACCACCCCAGCAGCUUGCCUGACUUUGUCCACAAAGGUUACAGGAAGUAAGUCCUCUGUGUGAAAGAAGUCCUCAAUGAUUGUGUUUCUAACAAUGGGAAAGUCAAUCUGAGCAGGAAACUCAGUGGGGAUGGGAGUCCCGGGUAAGGCAAAGUGCCAUUUCGACUGCCUUAAUUUUGAAGUAGGUGUUAGAGAGAUGGAGGAGUGUGAAGAAGAGGUAUUUCUUGUAUUUGGGCUGUCAGCACUCCUACAACGGAUCGUGCCAAUAUCCUCCAGCAUGGAUCCUGAGAGCUCAGUGGUUUUAGAUAGUAAUUUGUGCGGAAUGUCCACACAGGCAUCGUUUCCACCAGGUGUAACACUGCUCUGGUUGACCUCAAGAUGGCCAAGACUUGCUCUUUGUGAUGCAGGACUGCUUUGAUAUGUAAAGAUUUGGAUUGAACCAAGUGUUGUGUCUGAUCUUUGAAGAUCUUUUCUGAGAAACUCCGUAAUCUUACUUUGCAGACUGUAGUAGAUGUUACGAGCAACAGACCAGAUCCUUUUCUCAGAAACCUGUCCAGUGGUGAGCAGGGAGGUUCCAGAUACCAUGUCAGAUGAUUGGGUGGUCUGGCUGAGCUCCUGCUGGUCUUUCACCGUGGUUUGUAUAAUAUCAGUAGAUGUGGUGGAUGUAGAUACAGACUGGAGGUACUUAUCUGUUGUACCUUCCUCCACAACGUUAAAUGACCUAGAGAGGACCUCACUCACUCCUUUCUCAGCUUUGGUUUGGAACUCAUGACUAGAGAGUUUUUGGAGGCUCUUUGUUGAAAGACUGUGGGAAGAUGCAAUGCCUUUGGAGGCAGCCGUGCUGCAAUCUAGA